AUGAGUGGGAGCGCUUACAGGAUAUACGCGUCUCCCAUUCGUUGGGAGUAGCCGAAUAACUGCAUCUCCUUGCCACUGAAUUGAACUGCCGCAUACUAUCCGAUUCUUCAAAUCCUCCCAUUCAUGGUUUCGCUCAUGUUUCUUUACAUUCCGUCCUUCAUGAAAACCAAUGGUUGGGUAGCUAUGAACCCGGGUGUUACUCUUUGACCAUCUGCUCGCAUCUUUGGUUACAAAUGACUGAUCUUGAACCCAUGCCCAUGUUUCCCCAGGAAUUUCAUUUGCCGUUCGCUUCCAAAUUGACUUGACUUUUAUGGGGCGCAGUUGUGCAUCGCAUCAUCCUCUUUGGGGGCGGCCGAGUAAGCGAUCCAGAAUAGUGCGGUGGGCGUCGAACUGUUGGUUUCGAUGGUUUGCGGGUCAGCCGUUACCUUCUUUACUCCGUACUUGCGCCUCUCCCAACUUCACACUUGUGUCUCUCUACAUGAAGCGCAGGACGUGAGGUCCUUCGCCUCGAGAUGAGUUCGAUUGCCCUGGGACAACCGAUAUCGCCAAAUGAACCACUGGAACAUCCUGGCACGAAACUUGUUUAUGUGGGAAUCGUUUUUUUCCCGGUGGAGAUUCUGUUCGUAGCUUUGAGAGCCUACUCCAGGUCGCUCCACGACAAAAAAGUUGCGCUGGAUGAUAUUUUGAUCUGGUUCGCUUUGUUGAUGUGCUUGUCACUGAAUGCCUUGGCCAUUGGUACGUCAUGAUUUUCUCGUAACCGAUGCAAAUGAAGCUUACCUGGAAAUCUAUAGCUAUGGUAAAAUAUGGAGGUGUUGGUCGACACUGGGUAGAUUUGGAACGCUCCGGGGAAUAUGAAAAGCUCGAAGUCUGGGCCAAAUGUCUGUUGGCGACAGGUUGGCUUUACCUAGCUGCCGUGACGCUCCCGAAGAUUUGCGUUCUGGUCCUAUAUCACCGAAUAUUUGAUAUGCGUCGGAUUCGAUGGUCCUGCUAUGUCCUUUCAGUCAUUAUGAUUGCAAAUUUCUUUACCGGUGGCAUGGUUGGCAUGUUUGCUUGUCGACCGCUGAGCUAUCUGUGGGACCACAGUAUCCCUGGUGGGAAAUGUAUCAAUGUCAACAUGUUCUUUCUCUGGAUUGGGUCUCCAAACAUUAUUACGGAUUUUGCUGUCCUAAUACUUCCACUGCCAAUCAUUGUAAGCACCAUCCCGUACUCCCAACAACAUCAAUAUCCUGACAUUUGAAAAUUCAGUGGUAUUUCAAAAGCACAAAAUCGCAGAAGUUUGGAUUACUUCUCACGUUUUCGACUGGAAGCUGGUUAGUUCCCCUCCUACUCCCCGACUUUUUUCUCCUGCUUCGUCUUCUUACCAUGAGACCCAAUAGUGGCCUCGUAUCAUCCCUAAUCCGCUUCAAGAAUUUUUCCGCUAGCGACGCAAUCUCAGAUGGAACGAUGGCCUCCGCCGAACUAAUGAUCUGGACGAUUGUCGAGCCAGGAAUGUGCCUAAUAGCCGCUUGUCUCCUUCGCUUUAAGCCACUCUUACGGAAACUCAUCAAAGGAACUACCCUCGAACGACUGCCGUACCAGAAUUCUCGAGCUUAUUAUUUGUCUUCUCCUGAUCAGAUGAAGCUGUCGACUUUGAAGAGUCAUUCUGGCUCAGGUUUCAAUACGGGUUCCCACAAUUACGAAAGAAUAGAUAAUUCUUCGCCGGAUGAGGGUAUGUGGAAUUCUGGUCAUGCGAAUGUAGAGGUUGAGGUUUCGCGUACGAGGAGUGGAUCUCUCAUCCCACCAGCAUAUUUUUCUCGUCCUGGCUGA